AUGUUGCGAGCACUCGCCACUGGAGCCGCAAUGAACGGAAUAGAAGACGAGGGAACGGGCCUCGCCGCCGCGACGGUCCUUAGCGGCAGCCAGCACCAGGCCUCGGCCAACGAUGUGGAGACCAUUUCCGCAGCACUCAUGACCAAGAUGGUGGUCAAGUUUCAGGCCUUGAAGUGGGUCGGCUCGGUUGAGGUCAAGGGCGUCUUCAGUUCGCCCGUCCUCAGCUCCUCUUUCUUCGUCCAGGGCCAGUUCGGCGGCAUCAUCGGGAGCUCGAGCGUGGAGGAGACGACCGUGCUGCAGCCCGACGAAAAGGAGCGGGCCAAGUGGUGGUCCAAGAAGCUCAAGGAGAAGCUCAAGUACAUGAAGCAGAAGAUCGAGAACAUCGCCUACGGCCUCAAGGACUUCCGCCUCACCGGCCGCCUCGGCGUCAUCUUCAACCUCCUCGCACCCACCAUUCUCACCGCGGGGAUCACGCUGGGGUUCGAGAUCAAGAUCGAGGUGCUGACGGAGAGCAUCAUCGGGUCGAUCACGACCGAGGAGUGGAGCCAGCGGAUGCGCGAGAAGGUCCAGCGCAAGCUGCAGAAGCAGAAGGCACGCCAGGGCUCGUGCGGCCUGCUCGAGAAGGUGGCCCCGUGCGUGGCCAAGCGGAUCGAGGACCGCAAGGAGCGCCGACUGCAGCGCAUCGGCAGCGAGAACGAACUUCUCACCGACGACGAGCUGCAGAAAGAGCGGGACGACAUCGCGAUCGAGAAGAUGAUGCUCUCGCUGCAGGCCACCAAGAUGAAGAUCGAUUCGCUCGGCUGGAUCGGCUUCGUCCGGGUGCAGAUCGACCUGGGCCUCCUCUCCGUCUACCUCCAAGUGAAUUUCUUCCGCGUGGCGACCCAGCUGGCGUUCGACGUGGAGUCGACGCUCGCCGCCAAGAAGGAGCUGGAGGAGAAGCGCGCCGAAGACCCCCAGAUCUCGGCCGGGAAGAGCUCGGCGGCCUCCAAGCCGGCCAUCAUCGGCACCUACCGCAGCGGCAGCGGCAGUUCGACCGACCUCGCGCCCCAGGAAGCGAAAAAGAACGAACACGAAGCCGCAGACGACAGCGAAGAAGAACGAAAGCGACGAGGAGGCGGUGAGUCAGGGCCGGUCGUGGCGAAGGAGGACAACGAGUGGGUCAAGGCCUGGAGCCGGAUCGUCGCGCUCGUGGACCUGCCCGACAAGAGCGAAGAGGACUCGACAACUGCAGAGCAGUCGAAGGCCGUACAGAAGGCCGACGGCAGCGGCGGUAGUGGAAUCGGGGCCGCGGGCAAGCGAGAGAGGGAGGGCCUGCGGGAGCGGGGCUUCAAGAAGGGCCUCGAGCUGGGCAUCAACAGCAUCAACAAGGUCUCCAAGGCCAACUUCAAGGGCAUCCACGCUGGCGCCAAGGUGGGCGCUUCGUUUUCGUUCACGGUGCUGGGCUUUGGCAUCCAGACGUCUCUCGAGGCCGAAGUCAUCUCCGUGAUAGCCCGGGCGAAGAAGAAGAAGAAGCAGAAGCAGAAGAUCGCCCUCACUGCCUGA